GUGCUCGACCCUCAGGUCUACGAAGGCAGUCUGUGCUUCGAAGUCUGCCAUGAUGAUCGCCCUGUCGCUUUUCUCUGUGGUCGCCUCGUUCAUAGCGCUGCCGACGAGGGUCUCUGGUCAAGGAACGAGCGCAGUUUGCCUGCAGAGUUAUGAAUGGAUGGACAAUUCCUUGGGUCAAAGUCCAUGUCUGGUCUCAUCAUACCUCCUCUCCCAGUGCCCCGAGGCCGGUGAAGUAUCAUGGGUGUUCCCUCUGAGCGCGGGGUACCAUUACCAGACCCCGGAGAACAGUUCGACUAGCGCGACACCCUGCAGGUGUAGCACGGUGUUUUACUCGACCAUCUCUGCCUGCGCUACCUGCCAGGGUGAAGGGAUCAAUGUCCCUUUCUGGUCGACGUAUGCCACAAACUGUGCGACGGUAUACAUCCAAGAGUUUCCCGAGCCCAUACCGGACGGAACCGCAAUCCCCGCCUGGGCGUAUGUGGACGUCAGGACCAACAACGACUUCAGUUCUAUUGCCGCUCAGUCUGUAGCAAACGAAGACUUGCCAGAGUCAACGGCGGUGUCGGGGUCCACUGCGACUUCUACUGGGUCCCGGACCGCACUAUCCACGGGCUCCGCGUCGACGACCGGGGCAUCGCAAUCCACUGGCACCAGCGGCAGCAAUAGCGACGCCGGCAACGGCUCCAGCUCCAGCUCCAAGAAGUCUACCAACAUCGCGCCGAUCGUGGGCGGCGUCGUGGGAGGCGUCGUGGCCGUGAUAGCCAUCCUCAUACUGUUCUUCUGGCUGCGCCGUCGGCGCAACUCUGCGCGCUAUGCGCCGACAAGUCCACUCGAUCUCACGGCUGGCGAGUACUCGCCGGGGUACACCGACAAGUCGCAGCCCAUUGUGUACAGCGAAGUUCCCUCUGCGAGUCCCCUCACCACCACCGAGUACAGCCACCCGAUCCCUCCACCCAUCCCUAGCCCCAAGGUCUAUGAUCCCGAUGACCCGAGCACUUUCCCUGAGAGCUCCGACGCCCAGGCCCCAUCCUCUCACGACUCCGCGGCGUAUGCCAGCCCAGUGCAUGCGCAUCUGGCAACUGUGCCGUAUACCUAUACUCCGCCCAGUCCCUACCAGCCCGCCGCCGGCCAAAACAGCACCGCGGCGUACAAAGGUGUCCCAGAGUUAUGA